AUGAGCGCUCUGGGAUUCCCAGAAUCGUCCCCGACCUCUAUCGACGACCUCCCAAUCAACCUCGAACUCCCUGUGCCUUCGACGCCUGCUUCUUCUGCCGAGACCUCAUUGACGCCGUUCUCCGCGCCCUCGACGCCAUUUCCCACUCCUGAUCAGUACGAUACGCGUCUCUGGGGCCAUUUUCCGGGUUGGGUAUGGUCAGAAAGAAGCAAAAAUAACUACUCGUGGGCUUGGGAAUAUGGAUACGACAUACAACAGCACGACGAGCGCAGAUGGGUCUGCAAGCCGUGUAUUCAGAAGAACGACCCCAGACCUAAGAGUUUCGUUGCCAUUGGCCUUCAGAAUGCCCUAAAUCACCUAUAUAAAGAUCACGGAAUAUAUGCGCCAGAUAACAAGACAAAAUCAUCCUUGCAAAAGAAAGCCGAGGAGAAGCCAGGGAGCAAGAGAUUGAGAUCGAUUGUCGAUGCAUGGAAGCUAGACCCUUCAAGAUCUCGAGAACAGGCGAUUGCCAACUCAAUUAUACGCGGAUUUGAUCGAAAUCACUUUCAACGCCUUCUGAUCGAAUGGAUAGUGGAUACGAAUCAGCCCUUUAGUGUUGUUGAACACGAGAGACUUCGGGAUAUCUUCGAAUAUCUUAACCCCGCAGUCAAGAUCACGAAUGCCAACAUCUCUGAUACCACAGUUCGCGCGCUAAUCAACUCCGAAUUUAAAAAACACAAGACGCGCGUCAUUGAAGCCCUUCGGAAGAGCCCCGGCUUAAUACACGUUAUCUUUGAUGGAUGGAGGGCGCGGAACCGACACUCGUUAUACGGUAUUGUUUGCUUCUUCAGGGACGAGAAUAGCAAGCCUCAUAAAGUCGUUCUGGGGGUCCCCGAAAUGGGCAGACAUUCGGGGAUGAAUAUUGCAACAGAAGUCCUCUAUACCUUCGAGGUUUUUGGCAUCGAGGAGAAGAUUGGGUAUUUUACCCUUGACAAUGCCGAUAACAACGAUACAGCGCUCGAGGCUAUUGGCAAAAAACUCGGCUUCAAUGGCGCUCAACGACGAGGCCGCUGCUUCGGCCAUACAGUCAAUCUGUCAGCGAAGGCACUACUAUUCGGGAAUAAUACAGAUGCGUUCGAAGAACAACUUUCUGGCGCAGAAGCGCUGUCAGAAGCCGAAUACGAACUUUGGCGGCAGAAAGGGCCUGUUGGGAAGCUCCAUAACUUCGUCGUUGAUGUUCAUCGAUCGGAUAGGUUGACAUACCUGUUGAAAGAGCUUCAAGAGUACGACAUAUCCAGAUCUGACGAUCCGAAAAUAUGUUCGAAAAGCCCAGUCUCAGUAGUCCUAGAUAACGAUACCCGCUGGCUCUCCCAGCUCUACAUGAUCCGCCGCGCCUUGAGACUUCGAACUUACUUCCAACUGCUUGUCACGAAGUUCCGAAUCCAAUGGGAGGAGGAGAAUACAUCGAAAAGAACUGGCCAGUUAAAAAAGUCGGCUAUCCGGCCCCGAAUCCUUAGAGACGAGAACCAACUUACUGCCAGCGAUUGGUCUGUCCUUCAACACUUUGCGACGAUUCUUGGGUACUAUGAAGAUGCAGUCAAGACUCUAGAAGGCGACGGUUUAACCAGGAAACGCAAGAGGGGUUAUACUGGCUCAUAUGGAAACAUUUGGGAUGUGGUCGAUGGGUUUGAAUUCCUGCUUGGCAAGCUCGAGAAAUAUAAGGAGAUGGCAAAGGACUUUCCUGACCCCGAACAGUUCAGGAUUGGCAUAAAUAUGGCCUGGGAGAAAUUGGAGAAAUACUACACUAUUCUCGACAAAACACCGAUAUAUUAUACUGCCCUCGCACUCCAUCCGGCAUACAGAUGGGGAUGGUUCGAGCAGACUUGGGCGCACAAGCCCGACUGGAUCAGAUCUGCAAAAAGGAUAGUUCAAGAGGUGUGGGACAAGUCCUAUCGAGAUUUCCAUACUAUGGUCGCGUCGAAUGAUGAGCCUGUUGUAAAACGACAGAAGCAAUACUACAAUGCCUUCGAAGAGCAUUGCGAACAAUCCCGAAUCGACUCGAUACAAGUAGAGCCUCUAGACGACGAUCCCUUUGGCGACGAAUACGAACGAUGGCAAUCGAGCCACGAGAGCACUGACAAGACUGUUCGAGAUCCAAUAGCGUAUUGGCAUGAGAAACGCCUGCAAUACCCUCGUCUCUCCCGAAUGGCUCUCGACUUUGUCACGAUACAAUCGAUGUCUGCAGAAUGUGAGAGACUGUUCUCGGCAGCAGGGCAGAUGGUUGUUCCCCAACGGAGCAACCUUGAGGCGCGAACAGUUGGGAUGUGCCAGGUAUUGAGGUCGUGGCUUCGAGCCGGUAUUAUCAACGACCUAGAUCCGUUGUUUCUCUCGAUUAUAGAGGAGAAGAAAGAGCUCGAGAGCAUCCAUCUUAACGAUGACGAGUUCAGAAGUCGGGAGCUAUCGUGGCUCGCUGGCACGGCGCAAUAG